AUGUCGUCUUCAUCUGUGGCCAGUGGUCUGUCACCCUAUGGCCAAAAUGCGGCUUCAACGAUUCGAGACGCCCGUGAAAGGGAGAAGAAAGAGAUGAGCGAUCUCAACGACAAGCUUGCCAGCUACAUUGAGAAGGUUCGCUUCCUCGAAGCUCAGAAUCGUAAACUGGGAGCUGAUCUUGAUAUGUUACGCAAUCGUUGGGGUAAAGAUACCAGCAGCAUUCGUAGCAUGUAUGAAGGAGAGAUGAGUCAAGCUAAGAAGGUGAUUACUCAAACCGGCAAGGAAAAGGAUGACUUGGAAAAAGAAAUUCGCAAACUCCAAGAUGAUCUCAAUGAAUUCCGUAGAAAAUUCGAAGAGGCGUCGAAAGCUCGUCUUGGAGAUCGUGAAAAGAUCGACGAACUCCUCGUAAAACUCUCAAACAUCGAAGCUGAAAUUAAUCUCUUGAAGAGAAGAAUUGCCCUGCUUGAGGAGGAAAUUUCUCGUCUGAAGAAAGAGAACAUGCGUUUGAUGGCUGAACUCCAACGUGCACGUACAGACCUCGACCAGGAGACACUGAAUCGUAUCGAUUACCAGAAUCAGGUCGCCACACUUCUGGAAGAGAUCGACUUCAUCAACAGAGUCCACGAUCAGGAGAUCAAAGAGCUGCAAGCCAUGGCUGCCCGCGACACUACGAGCGAGAACCGUGAGUUCUUCAAGAACGAACUCGCUUCAGCCAUCAGAGACAUCAGAAGCGAGUAUGAUCAGAUGAUGAACACCAACCGCAACGAUAUGGAGUCGUGGUACAAGCUGAAGGUGCAGGAGAUUCAAACUCAAAGCGCUCGCCAGAAUAUGGAGCAAGGUUACCAGAAGGAUGAAGUCAAACGCCUUCGCACUCAGCUCACCGACCUCAGAGGAAAACUCGCCGACUUGGAGGGCAGAGUAAGUCACGUUGUCUCUUUUCCAUGUAUACAUUACCGUAUCUGUUGA